UUACCUAUUGAAGUUGGAUUCCUCAUAUCAAUGGGGACAAAAAACAGAGCAAGCACAAGGAGGAGAAAAGAAUACAGAAACAGGAAUAAAAGAUUUGGGUAAUGUUAAGCAAUGUUAGGUAAAACACUUUGUAUCUAAAGAGUGUAACUUAGCUUAAAUACAAUCUGCUACCAGUUCCAUUUUUCCCUCUAGCAGAUAUUUUUGAAUUUCAGUGCUUGUUUCAUUUGGUCUCCCCUAUGUUCCCUCUUUUUCUGGUCCCUUUUGUGGACAAUUAAAUGUAAUAAAAUGCCACAGAAAAGGACAAGCCAUGAGAUGGCAAGCCAACUAAACUCAUCUCUUUAGCAUACACUAAGCAAGUGUUGUGCUUAGAAUAAUGAUAAUCUAUCAAAUGUUUCUUUAGAAAGAAAUAAAAGAGUAUACUGCCAAUUGCCGGCUGGAAAUGUCUUACAUAUGAUGAUGUGUGUCUGUGCUAGGAGUAUUUUCAAUGCAGAACAUUGAAAAAGACGACAUAUUGCUCAAAAAGAAGACAGAACAAAAGUCACAGUUACCUGAAACUCUUAACUUAAUUACUUUAAAAUAUUAAGCCACUUUUCUUCAAUGUCCAAGCACUGCAAGACAAACUAUACAAUCAUGGAUUCCACUCUCUCACAUAACAGAAACCAGGCUCCUUCACUCUUCUUAUAUAUCCAACGCCUCUUUUUUUCAUUCCAUAUCAAAAGGGUAUCUUUCGAUUAUCUAUUUUUACAACUGUGGCAGAUUGCACACCUUCCUCUGAUAAGAUAUCAGGUGAUCCUUCCCUCUCUGAUUUUACUGAUAUUUCUUAAUUUUGGGUGUUUAGUUAUUGAACUUAUUUCUUGUUUUGUGUUUUUCUUUGUUUGGGUGGAAGGUGAAAUGGCUUCCUUGGAAAUUGGAAGUGGCAGUGACUAUAAGGUUCAUGUGUUCUCUUCAUCAUCAGAGUUGCUUGAAAAGCUGCACCAAAAGUGGAGUUUGGUGAAAAAGAAACCAUACCCAGCUAUGUAUUCCAGCAUUUUUGGAGGGAUCAUUCUUGAUCCUGCCAUGAUGGUAAUUCCGUUAGAUGAUCACAUGGUUCAUCGAGGGCAUGGUGUGUUUGAUACAGCAAUCAUUCUAGAUGGCUAUCUCUAUGAGCUGGAUGCCCAUUUAGAUCGCUUUCUUAGAUCAGCAGCAAAAGCAAGAAUCUCCUCUCCCUUUCCUCAGUCAACUCUUCGUAGUAUUCUUGUGCAAUUGACUGCAGCAUCACAGUGCAAGAAAGGAACUCUAAGAUACUGGUUGACUGCAGGUCCUGGUAAUUUCUUACUCUCUCCUGCUGGAUUGCCUACAUCUGCAUUCUACGCUGUAGUCAUUGAUGAUGACUUCUCCCAACGCAAAGAAGGGGUUAAAGUGAUAACUUCCACCACCCCUAUGAAAUCACCCCUAUUUGCUACAAUGAAGAACGUAAAUUACUUACCUAAUGUUCUUUCGGUAAUGGAAGCUGAAGACAAGGGUGCAUUUGCUUCUAUUUGGGUUGAUGAGGAAGGUUUUAUUGCUGAGGGUCCAAAUGUGAAUGUGGCUUUUAUAACCAAUGAUAAGGAGCUUAUUUUGCCUCAAUUUGAUAAGAUCCUAAGUGGAUGUACUGCAAAAAGGCUUCUUGAAUUAGCACCUAAGUUGGUUCAGCAGGGGUGUCUUAAAAGUGUGAAAACUGCCAAUCUUACUGUCGAGGAAGCCAAAAGUGCAGCUGAAAUGAUGUAUGUAGGAAGCACACUACCAAUAUUGCCAAUCAUCAUGUGGGAUGAACAGCCCAUUGGAGAUGGAAAAGUGGGAGAUUUGACAAUGGCACUCUCUGAUCUGCUUUGGCAUGAUAUGGUAGCAGGUCCUGAUACACAGAGGCUUUCUGUUCCAUAUAUUAACUGAUCCAAAUUUCACCAAGGGGACUAAAAGGGGAUCUUGCUGUUUGGCAUCGUAGUGUUUAUUAUUGCAGCUGCAUACUUGCAAGAGGACUUGAAUAAGAAGCUAAUAGCUUGCACUGCUGUUUGUGUUAUUUAGCAAGAUCAUCAUUCUGAUGACUCAUUAUUUGAUCGAGUAGAUGAUUGAUGCAUUACAUCCAUAGACUGACUCCUUCAUACCUAUAUAUGAUUACUAACAUACUAAAUGUUCACAGAUAUACAAGUACAUGUACACGUGCAUACAGGCAAACAUGGUAAAAUAUGAAACUUCUGUAACUCCAUGAUGCUGUAACGAAUAGCAACUAGCGGACGAAAUAAGCUAAUCUUCACUCAAAUUGAUUCUUCUUAUUUAUUGCAUAUUGAAGUAUGUC